CUUUCCCUUGAAGCCUCUCCACCAACCCAGAGUCAGAGAGAGAGAGAGGACCAAGGCAGGCAGCCGUCAGCGAGCCAGGCAGCCAUGGGCAAGGACUGCGGCAACCACGGGGACGAUGACUUCCGGCAGUCAUGCCGGCGCCUGCUGGCCAUCCUGCUGACCAUGGCGCUGCUGGUGGGCGUCGUGGCGCUGAUCGUGUACCUGGUGCUCCGCCCCACGCACCCGCGCUUCUACCUGCAGGACGCGGCGCUGCGGCAGCUGGACCUGAGCAACGGCUCGGCCCCGCUGCUGUCCACGGCGGCGCAGGUCACCGUGGCGUCCCGCAACCCCAACGGCCGCGUCGGCGUCUACUACGACCGCCUCGACGUCUACGCCACGUACAAGUACCAGCAGGUGACGCUGGCGUCCAGGCUGCCCGCGGUGUACCAGGGCCACGGCGACGUCGACGUCUGGUCGCCCGUGCUGGCCGGCCCCGCCGUCCCCUUCGCGCCCUUCCUCGCCGACGCGCUCGCCAAGGACCUCGCCGCGGGGUACCUCGUCCUGCAGCUCAGGAUCGACGGGAGGGUCCGCUGGAAGGUCGGCAGCUGGGUGUCGGGCCACUACCACAUGUUCGUCACCUGCCCGGCUUACUUCAUCAGCUCCGGCGCCGGCUCCGGCUACCGCGGCGCUGUCGGCGCGCACGGGCUCAGGUUCCAGACCACCACGUACUGCCGCGUCGAGGUCUAGACUCUAGCGAGCGAGAGGUCGAUCACCGCCGAGACCGCCCGACCUCCACGUGCUCUGCUCCUGCCGCGCCGCCGAGGUAGGCCACACCUUGUCAUGUCGCAUACUGCAAAGCGGAAACAAAUGAAGUGAUACAGAGGUUGGAAAAAAAGAAAAAGAACAAGUGUGAGGUGAUUUAGUGAGGGUUAAGCAGUGUAUCGGUGUGAUUACAUAUAUGUUUUUUGUUUUGUGUCGCGAUCUUUGUUCAGUUCAGCGUUCAGUUGUUCAUAAUAUAAAUUCUAAAAAGUUCAUUCAGUUCAGG